AAGCCAGAUCGCUUCAGGUUGGGUCGCAAAGAUGGCGUCUCCUGCUUCUGCCCGGCCUUCGGCGGGGAAGCGAGUGGUUAAUCAGGACGAACUGCGGCGGUUGAUGAAGGAGAAGCAGCGUCUGAGCACCAACCGGAAACGGAUAGAAUCUCCAUUCGCGAAGUACAACCGUUUGGGGCAGCUAAGUUGUGCCCUGUGUAACACGCCGGUUAAGAGCGAGCUCCUGUGGCAGACUCACGUCCUGGGAAAGCAGCACCGGGAGAAAGUGGCUGAGCUGAAAGGCGCGAAGGAAGCCACCCAGGGUCCAUCCACCAGUGCAGUGCCUCAGUCCGCCAAGAGGAAGGGGCCGGACGCAGAGAGCCAAGAUGCCAAAAGAGCGAAGGCCUCUCCGGUGCCUCAGGUACAGCCCUCCUCUUCCGCUUUGGCCACAAACUUUAACAAAGCAGGAAAGGACUCCACUAGAGCGACCCUCAGUAAGGCUUCGGGACUCGGUUUGCUCCCUGAUUAUGAAGAGGAGGAGGAGGAGGAGGAGGAAGCAGGAGGAGGAGAAGAGAAGAGGGGGGAAGCCUGUAAGCAGCAGUCCAACGUGCACUCACUUUCCUCCCCGCGGGAGGCAAGUGGUAGUAGUAGGCUGCCAAGCGAUUUCUCGGAUACAAAUCCUCCCAAGGCCCCUUUAAUUCCUCAUUCAGGGUCAAUUGAGAAAGCAGAAAUACAUGAAAAAGUAGUGGAAAGGAGAGAAAACACCGCGGAAGCGUUACCGGAAGGCUUUUUUGACGACCCUGAGGUAGAUGCGAGGGUACGAAAGGUUGAUGCUCCCAAGGAUCAGAUGGACAAAGAGUGGGACGAAUUUCAAAAAGCCAUGAGACAGGUCAACACUAUUUCCGAAGCCAUAGUUGCUGAAGAGGAUGAGGAGGGACGGUUGGACCGGCAGAUUGGGGAGAUCGACGAGCAGAUAGAGUGUUACCGUCGGGUGGAAAAGCUGCGGAAUCGCCAGGAUGAAAUAAAAAAUAAGCUUAAAGAGGUCCUGACUAUAAAAGAACUUCAGAAAAAGGAAGAGGAGAAUGUUGACAGCGACGAUGAGGGAGAACUACAGGAUUUGUUGUCUCAGGAUUGGAGAGUGAAAGGAGCUUUAUUAUAAGUUUCAAAGACCCGAGAUUUCUACACCCUCUACGACUGUAAAAAGUGCCGUCUCUCAGUGCGAUAUCGUUUACUCCACGCCUAGAAAUUUGGUAACCUAACGGGGUUGUUGAGAUACAACGAGCCUGUGAAGAUAAGGCUUUGGAAAAUUGGUGUAAAAUAUUUUUGAGGUAAAGAUGUUUUUGAAGUAUUAUAUAUACUAAAAUGCUAACUUUUUCACACCCUUACAGAUCUGAAGUUUUGAGUUGUAAAAUCUAUCAGCUGUAAAUAUUGUACAUAGUUAAAUAUAUAUUUGCUUAAGAAUUCUGUUUUGAAAUUUAUAUAGUUCAUAGAAGUCAGACCAACGGACGAGCUUUUAGAUGAAAACCAAGUGUGGCAUGUGGAUGUGUAUGGCUUUUUUCUUUCUAAGUCAGUCUCAAGAGGGUUUGGGUUGGGAGGGUUAUUUUGCUUUUAAGAACACUACUCAUAAACAUGUAAAUCGUUCAGGGCUAAUCAGUUCUCUGAGUUUUCUGUUUCAAGACCGUGCUCCAGGAGAACAUGGUGAAAAAUACAUGCCAAAUAUGACCAACUUCUUAACCCAAAGUUUCUCAUGAUGAAGCCAGUGAUUAUCAGAUGUAGGUGCACAAGAAGAUCUCAUACAAAGCUUUCUAAAAAGUGCACAUGAAUCACCUGUGAAACUAUAAAAAUUUUAUGUGCCCGAUCCCUACCAUUGGAGAGAUUCAGUAAAUCUGGAGUGAGGCUCACACAUCUGUAUUAGUUUUGGAAGCUUCCCAGGUUAUUCUCAUAAGGGCAAAGUUGAAGCACUACUGCCCAAAAUCCAGAUCCCAUUUACAUUUUUUUCAGGCUUUGUUUUUUUCUUUAAAUGACACAUUCCAUAAGUUUUAAGUUCCAAUUGCAUAAAAGAAGUGUUACCUUUUAUUUAUAUUCCAUCUAGUCUUAAAUUUUAUUAUUGCAUAUUGUGAUAAAUUAGGGUUCAGAGUUAACAGGUUCUAUCAGUUGUAGGAAGGAGGUAUGAAGUUGUUUCUCAGCAGUAACAAUUAGCUUGUGCUGGUCAUGGAUAGUUUAAUUCACUGCUUCUCCUUUUGGAGAUAGAGGUAUUCAAAUAGGAAAAGGGAAUUAGCAGGGUCCCAGGGAUAGAAAUGCACACAGCACAUUCAAAUAAAAGUGAGCAUUGAUAAUAGCUAAGUCUUUCUUAAAAUAUUGGCCAGGCAGAGUUCUAAAUGCUUACCUAGUUUUUUUCUAAAGCCCAGGUGUUGAGUCCAGGGAUAAGAUAUGAAAAAUCCUUGAAUGUUGGAUCAAAGAAUUCUUCCUGUAGGCAAUGUGGGUAAAAUUUGAGCAGAGGAUUAUAUCUGCAAAAAAUAUUACGGGAGAUUAUUUUAAUUGCAGUGUACAGAAUGGAAUGAAUAUGGGUAGGGGGAAGGAAGCUGGGAGACUACUUAGAAACUAGAUUUUAAAAGUAAGGCGACUGAGACUUUAAUUAGGUAUAUAUUGAGAGGAAAGUAAUAGAAUUGAAAGAAUUUCUUAAGAAGAGCUAACAUUCUAGUGACUAGAAGUGAAUAAAAACAGAGGUAGAUGGAACUCAGGGGCUUUGGGUUUUUCUAGUGUGGGUGCCUAAAAGAAGUUAUCUAACACUUGUGGAGCACGUCAGUUACCCUGCAGCCUUUGGCAGAAAAUCUUUGCUUUCUUGAGCUGUCCAGAUGAUAAUGUUCAGUUUGAUAAUGUAAAGGGCAUGUCUGCAUCAAAUGUGUGAACCUCCACUGAAGAGUUUUCUAUCAUUUAUGAUUUUAUUAUUUCAGGAUGUGAGAAAGUACAAAUGUAGACUUGAAAGGUGGGCCCAUAAAGGACAGUGCAGGUUUAAAGAGAAAGGUAUUCAGAUGGAAAAACAAAACAUGCUCAGGAGGUAGUGAGCAGCCCAAUUUAACGAGAGCAGAGUGUUUGUUCCUGACAACAGUGGGAGUUACAGUUGAAAAGGUGGUUACAAACCAUUGUAGAGAGCCUUGAAUGCCAUGCUCUAAGGAGUUGGAACCUUCACUAAGUUAACUGAGUAUCCUUGAGGUUGUUGAGUCCUUAAUUGUAACACAGUUAAAGAGCUUAAGGAGUACCAGGCAUAUUAAAAACCCAUUGGCUUUUUAGGAGGACCAAAAGCUUUCAAAAUCUCCCAGUGCUCUGUAUCUCAGAGCAUGAGUGGAUGGGGCCCUCGCCAAAAUCAGAUGAAUCUUUGUUGGACCUGAGAUCGAUGUGGACAGCUUCAGGGGUUGCUGGAUCCUUCCUAAUCCUCCAUACUUAGGAGAUAGCCUUUAUACCUCUUAGAACUGGGUGAAAUAAGUUUUGGUAUUAGAGUAAUACCACCAAGGAUUUCUUCCUGCCAUUUGUUCUCUCUUUAGAGAACUCCCUAAUUCAGCCAACAUUUACAGGCAUACGUCACAGAUAUUGCAGGUUCUGUUCCAGACCACCGCAAUAAAGCAAAUAUCUCAAUAAAGUAAGCCAUGCAAACUUUUUGGUUUUCCAGUGCAUAGGAAAGUUAUGUUUACACUAUACUGUAGUCUGUUAAGUGUGCAAUAGCAUUAUGUUUUGGAAAAAAUGUACGUAGCUUAAUUUUAAAAUUAUUGUUAGCAACUGCUAACUAUAUAACAGUCAUAGUAACAUCAAAGAUCACUAAUCAUAGAUCACCAUAACAUAUAAUAAGGGAAUAGUUUGAAAUAUUGUGAAAAUUUCCAAAAUGUGACACAGAUACAAAGUAAGCAAAUGCUGUUGGAAAAAAUGGCUCCAAUAGACUUGCUCAACACAGGGUUCCCACAAACCUUCAAUUUGUUAAAAAAAAAAACUACAAUAAAAUGAGGUAUGCCUGUGUAUUAGAAUUAUUGUAAAUACUACAAAGGUAGUUUUCUCACCCAUUUCACUUACCUUUUAAGUACAGUUCCCCUCACUUGUAGGAAAAAAAAAUGCUGAUUUCCUAACUAGCCUUUAAAUGUCCAUUUGUCCAGUGCCUUACAAUUUACAAAAUGCCUUCACAUAUAUUUCAUUUAAUGAUGAAAGUAAUGACUACUUUUUAAAUACCAGGGAACAAAAUAAGAUGCUAUGGAAUUAAAAUUGCAGGGGAAAGAGUAUAUAAUUUAGUCCUAAAACCUUUAAUGUAACUCUCACUAGAUAAGUAUGGAGUAGUGGAAAGAACAAGGAAAUUGGCGAGAGAAAACAGAAGUCAGGUUCAAUUCCCACUCUAGUUGUUGAAGUCUGGUGAUCUUGGGCAAGUUGCCUCUGAAACUUAAUUUGUUCUUCUAUAAAAUGAUGAUACCUCACAGGGUGUGGUGAGAGUGUAAUGAUACAUGCAUGUGAAAAGGGUUUAUAAUCUGAAGUUUCUAAAUAAAGUAAUAAAAGUA